CCCGAGGAGCCCAGCUGAGUUUCAAGAUAUAAAAGCAACUUCGGGUGCCCCCUUUCCAGCCGGGACGUCUUAAAGGGCUCGGAGACGGGCAGCUCCCCGCGCCGCAGCGCCUGCUUCCCCUUCGCUCCUCUCUGGCCCUGCCUCCUCCCGCCCCCUCGCUCCCUCCCCCAGCGCUCUCCAGCCUCCGAGCUCCAGUAGCUCCGAGACAGCUUUCCAGGAUUAUGGAGUUUCUGAGCGAGAAGUUUGCCCUCAAGAGCCCACCGAGUAAAAACAGUAACUUUUACAUGGGCGCAGGAGGCGCGUUGGAGCACGUUAUGGAGACGCUGGACAAUGAGUCCUUUUACAGCAAAGCGUCGGCGGGCAAAUGCGUGCAGGCCUUCGGGCCCCUGCCCCGCGCCGAGCAUCACGUGCGCCUGGAGAGGACCUCGCCCUGUCAGGACGGCAGCGUGAACUAUGGGAUCACUAAAGUAGAAGGACAGCCUCUUCACACCGAACUAAAUAGAGCUAUGGACAACUGUAACAGUCUCCGGAUGUCUCCCGUGAAAGGGAUGCCAGAGAAGGGAGAACUGGAUGAACUUGGGGAUAAAUGUGACAGCAACGUAUCCAGCAGUAAGAAACGGAGACACCGAACCACCUUUACCAGCUUGCAGCUGGAGGAGCUGGAAAAGGUCUUUCAGAAAACCCAUUACCCGGAUGUAUACGUCAGAGAACAGCUUGCUCUGAGGACUGAGCUGACUGAGGCCAGGGUCCAGGUUUGGUUUCAAAAUCGAAGGGCCAAGUGGAGAAAAAGAGAACGUUAUGGCCAAAUCCAGCAAGCUAAAAGCCAUUUUGCUGCCACCUAUGACAUAUCAGUUUUGCCAAGGACUGACAGCUAUCCACAGAUUCAGAACAAUUUGUGGGCAGGAAAUGCAAGUGGUGGUUCUGUGGUCACUUCAUGCAUGUUACCACGUGACACUUCCUCCUGUAUGACACCUUACUCUCACUCGCCUCGGACAGAUUCCAGUUACACAGGGUUUUCAAACCACCAGAACCAGUUCAGCCACGUGCCCCUCAACAAUUUUUUCACUGACUCUCUUCUUACCGGGGCCACCAAUGGACAUGCAUUUGAAACAAAGCCAGAGUUUGAAAGGAGGUCCUCCAGUAUCGCAGUUCUUCGAAUGAAAGCCAAGGAGCACACUGCCAAUAUUUCAUGGGCCAUGUAACAUACAGUACUCUUUUCUUUUUCUCUUAAUGGCAAAGUAAAACAUUCUUAUUUCUCAUAUUUAAAGGAUACCACAAUAAGCUGCUGUGUGUGGAAUGGCUAAAGGUCAAGAUAUACAGUGAGACCAGCUUAAAUGAAUAGUUGUUAUUAUUUAACAUUAAAAUCUAAGAAUGAACCCCUGAAAAGACUAAAUAGGUUUACCAUGCACCCGUCUCCACAAACUCUGUUUUAGUAGUAAGAUUUUGUUUCUAUUGUACGAGUCAAUGAAAUAUGAUCAUGCAGCUUCUGAAAAGAAUAAAUGUAUUAAACAA